AUGAAGGGCUUCACUGUCGCCACUGCCGCUGUCGCGGCCCUCUCCGGAGGUGUCAGCGCUCACCGCCAGCACCGCCAGGCCCACUAUGAUCUCUUCGCCAAGAGGGCUUCCAACGACUCGGCCGUCUGCGUGCCUGAGUGCAAGACCUACUACACCACCUUCUACGGAGAGCCCACCCUGGUCCCGGAUGCACCCAAGCCCUCCCCGACCCCCAAGACCACGGCCCCGGCUACGGUCCCUACCCCGAUCGCCCAGGAGUGCCCCACCCCCGGCACCUACACCUUCCCUGCGACGACCAUGGUUGUGACCGAGACCGUGACUGCAUGUGCUCCUUCGUCGACCGUGCUUACCCCGGGUACAAACACCAUUGGCGGUGUCACCACUGUCGUCACCACGGCCACCACCGUUGUGUGCCCCGUCCCGACCGUCAAGACCGAGACCAACGGCGACGUGACCAGCAUUGUCACCCAGACCACCUUCGUCUGCCCUUCGUCUGGCACUUAUGUCAUUGGUGGCACCACCACCGCCGUCUCCUCCGAGACCACCGUUGUCGUUCCUACCAUCACCUCCUUCCCCCCGGGCACCUACACCGCUCCUGCUGUCACCACCAUCGUUGACACCAAGACCGUGGUCUACUGCCCAUUCUCCACUGACACUCCGGCUCCGGCCCCGACUGUCGCCCCUACCUCGGCCGCCGCUCCUCCCCCGGCCCAGCCCACGACCUCCAAGGCUUCUGAGACUCCCUCUACCCCUGUCUCUUCGACCCCCGCGACUUCGCCUUCUGCCUCGUCGCCUCCUACAUUGGGCGGUGGCAACCAGUGGGCCAUGACCUACACCCCAUACGGCAACGGUGGCGUCUGCAAGUCUGCCGAUGAGGUCGAGAGCGACAUUGCCAAGAUCAAGGCCGGUGGCUUCAAGUCUGUUCGUGUUUACUCAACCGACUGCAACACCCUCCCCAACGUUGGUGCUGCCUGCCGCAAGCACGGUGUCAAGAUGAUCAUUGGUGUCUUUGUAGGCCAGCCUGGUUGCACCAACGGCAGCCCCCAGGUUGCCGAGCAGAUCAGCGCCAUCAAGUCGUGGGCCCAAUGGGACCUUGUUGAGAUGUGUGUUGUUGGUAACGAGGCCCUCUUCAACGGUCACUGCACUCCCAGCCAGCUCAAGGAUCUGAUCGGUGAGGUCCGUGGUGUCCUCCGCUCUGGCGGCUGCAACGCUCCCGUUACCACCACCGACACCGUCGGAGGCUGGGAGGGCCAGGGUGUUGCUGAGACCAUCUGCCCCGUCGUUGAUGUUGUCUCUGCCAACAUCCACGCCUACUUCAACGGCGCUGUCCUGCCCCAGGACGCCGGCAAGUUCGUUUCUAGCCAACUCCAACAUGUCCAGAACCUCUGCGGUGGCAAGGAAGGCUACGUUAUGGAGACUGGCUGGCCCACUGGUGGAAAGUGCAUCGGUAUCUCGUGCCCUGGUGAGCAGCAGCAGGCUGAAGCCAUCAAGUCCAUCCAGCAAGAGUGCGGCGGCAAGUCUGUCUUCUUCAGCUGGACCGACGACGACUGGAAGGCUUCUGGUGACUGCGGCUGCGAGAACCACUUCGGCUGCGGACGCCUCUUCUCGUCUUAA